UGAAGAUCCGCAUCAUCUACUUCUUCGAUUGAGUAGGUUAAAGAUUUGGAACAUCAGCGAAGUACUUGUCAGCAAACUUUUAAUAACAGAUAUAAUGAGGACCACGAUGAAAACCCGACAAGGAAGAUGAGGCUUCAGAUUUAACUACAUUUGAGGGGCGACAACAAGACCACUAGAGACCGCACCGAGACGAUUUGUAAUUGACACAACUUUUGUAAUUCGUAAUCGUAGUGUUUUUUUCCAAGCAAACAAGAAAAGGAGAAGAGCAUUUCUCUGCUGCUUUUCAGAAAGAUGGCCAAGAACUACGGCACAAAACCACUGCAAUCCGCCUCCGCGGCCAGGCCAGAAAGGAUGUUGCGCAGUGUCGCGUCCUCUGAAACCCCCGAGGGCGCUGGCGUGACGUCGGACCAGAUUCAUUUUCCCGUACUGCAACCUAGUUGCGGGUCUGCAGCUCCUGCACCAGAGAGUGACGAUAGGCUCGGACGUGCGUGUGGCGAAGCUACACGUCGAGAAAUCCAGCAAACACGCAGCCCCUCAACUACAGUUCAACGAUUCAUGCCACUGAACACACAAGGUUUACAACUUGAGCGUUCAAGAACUUCCUUCCGGCAUCCCAGGACGACGAAUUCGUCAUCGUCAACAUCCGGUUCCAGAAGUACAGAGUCAGGUAGGAAGAACAGCAUCAGCUUCAUCGCGGAUCAUUCUGUAGGUAGUCCGGGCGACGUUUUGGUUUUAUCGCCAAAGUUGGAGCAGAUAAAAAGAAGACGAAUAAAGCAUGUCCUCACGCAACAAGCACCACGACCGUUUCCCGCGCAGCGACAGAGAGCCGCUUCACGGAGAGCAGAGCAGGGUCGUGUAUUUACCGGAGCGGGGAUGAAGGUUUUUGCAGCCGGAGGGCAUCAAGUUCAAGAAGUUUCUACUAGACGAAGAUCCAGUGCAAAAAAUCAUGACGCCACUGCAACAGGAGCACCACAAGAAGGUCGUGGGUACCUCCCUCUUUCAAAUUCCGGUACUAUUCCCGCGGCUAGCACUAGCACUUCUUCCCCGUCUUCUAGCUCAUCUUCAUCAACGAUAACAUACAGCAAGAAAAAAACCUCCUCCGCCCGAAUUCUCUGCAAACUGAAGACAUUUUUCAGAUUGUUCCUCUCCCUCGCUGGAACCGCUAUGACGAUCCCUGGCGCCCUCGCCCAGUCUUACCCCGGCGGACUAGCGCACACGUCUGCCCCCCAUCUAGAACACGGGUGGACCGACAACAGUUAUGCGAAGAUCAUCGCGAACUCCGAAAAAAUCUUGAAGUCCAACGUGUACAUCCACAGGCUGUUGGCCGAAGACCAGAUCCAAGCGAACUACGGACGGGCACAUUACAACAGUAUUCAUUGGAAAUUCAAAUUUUUGCUGUCUGAUUGUCUGAUCGACGUAUUACCUGAUUGUCAUGCAGGAGCAUAUCUAUGACCUUCACCCUCGCAAGUGGACACCUUUUGCUUACUGGAAACAAAACAAAAUAUAACAGAGAAGUACCCCUUCACAUUAGCCUGGCACCUCCAGCGACAGUCGGGGCGGUGGGUCUGUUCAUUGCCGGAAAAGGCAAAUGAUGAGUCGUUGAAAUCGGAAGAAACGCUGUUAUCCGUUUUGAACACGUUGUUUAGCCGGUUUAUGCACGACAAACUCCUGGAGUAUCACGAUCUGGAGCCCGCGAAAUACGUUUCAUCGAGGGUAUAAAUAGAAGAUGCUGCUACUUUUUUUACAAACAAGAUAAAAUCGCCGAGGACCACUUUGUCAUGCGUUUUUGCCCGCAGGGCACCCGGCUCGUCUUGCUGGAGGACUUCAAUGAAGAUGCGCAUCAUGCUGAAAAAAACCUCUAUCAGGUUGAAAUCGACCUAGCAACGAAGAUCCCGCACAUGGACCUUGCGGAUAGCCAACUGCUGCGAUGGAUGGUCAACUUGGUAGUGGAUCUGCACUACCCGUUUAACCUGGGCUUCCCCGACGCACCCGAGGACACGCUGGAUACAAUGUAUAAUUUCAUUGCAAGAGCUUCAUGUUGCAUAGAAAACUUCUAUGCAUGACAAACUAGCUCUCUGACGGAUCUUUGUGCAAUACAAAUUUCUUUUCUCAGGUACAACCUCGACCAGCAGCCGCUCGCGAAGCUCUGGACCUCGAUGCAGGACAAAAUCAUCCUUGCCAUCGAUUCCAACGCCGACCUCGACGAAACGAAAAACAUCGACAUCUCCGACCAGCACCCGUUUGAGCUCUUCUUCCAGUGGGCGAGCGAGACCACGAAGAUCGUAUCCAAGAAAAAAAGCGCGUAAGUGUAACUUUGUAGGACGCAUAGCAUGACAGAUUCGCUUUGCGUAUACAUAAAAAACCUGUUAUGCGCAGCUAGUUGCUAGUAAGUGAAAACUAACACAUAUGAAGCGAGCUUAUGACGCACACCCAGCAUGACAAGCGUAGCUGUCUUGCGGUCUCUGCAUGACAGACUUACACAUCAUACGCACUUUUUUUGUCGCAUAGAUCGCGUGCGACAUCUACCGGGAUGUAUCUUCCAAUUCGGACGAAUUUCCCAAGCAGUACAUGGUCUCCGCGCAAGUUUUAUGCACUGCAAACGUAUCGUAUUCGUAGUAAUCGCAGUCAUGCAUUACAAAUCUAGUAAUCAAGGUCAUUCCGCAUUACAAAUUACCUUUGUAAUGCUGAGCCAAUUUGUAAUGCCAUUUUAUACUAGUACCUACGAUAGUUUUGCAGUUCACAAGUUUACGCAAAGUGGGAGAAAAUCUUGCAGAAAAGGAUGGAGGAGGCGGCGAAACACGUCGUGAUUUUUCUCAAGUAUAGCACUUAUCGAGAUCAUGAUCUACAUCUAUGACUAUGUUAUAGGAGUUUGCGAAGUGGAAGUUGUACACACUAAAUCUGUCAGCUUCUACCUUACAGAUUGCAAAAAUUCAAUGCAAAUCAAGAUCUAAUAAAUUGUCAAUAAAUUAUGUAAAGGAACAUCGCCCUCCACAAGGCCCACCGAAAAGCUGUGGCCCAGGGCAAAGGCCGACACCACCCACGAAAGCACUGGAAACGGGAUUUUUUUCGAAACCUCUGCGUCGCGGCGGUUCUCAUCCCCGCAUUUCUAUGAGAGUGCACAACUCCCCCUUCCCCUCAUUUGUAUAGCAUGAACUGCAAUACAAGCAUCAGCAAGUGUGCCGCUCUUGCAUGACAACUUUGCACUGCAUUGUAGUGCUAUAUGGACUACCCCCAGAACUUGUCAUGCAAACAGUGCCAAGAGGCAAAGGGUGGAUUGGGUAUUUUGUAUGGCAAACGAGGGGGAGGGGGAGUUGUGCACUGUCAUAGCCUCUCUGGCUGAUGCAGAAAUUUGAGAAGCAGCAGAACAUCUUCAAGAUUCUCUUCAACAAUAGCAAGUACGCGGAAGGGUGGGGCAGCGCGAUCGGCGGGACACACAACGUGUUCGGUGGCGCAACGUCGAGCAAGGAGCUGAGGAAACUGUAGUGGGUGUGAGUUAUCGACGGCUACUGAAAUCAAUCCAAGAUUUUUUUCAACCAGAACCAAAAUCCUCAAAGCAAAACCUAAAUUUCGAAUAAUCAAUAGAAGAGAACAAGCGCAGCGCGCGCAUGAUAACAAACAUCUCAAUAAAGUUAAGUAACAUAUUCACCAGCGAGUUUUUUCACAUUGGUUUUUUAUUCGAUUUCCCGGGCAGAAUAGAAAUUCUGUCGAGAACUGCAGUUGAAGGAAAAGCGACAACGUCAGUGGAGACACCACGGAUACCUGAAAAUGAAAGCGACACUCGACGUGUACAGUGUUGGCCAACACAUCGAGAUGACAAGCGCGACGUGCGCCUGUGAUCCUGGGUGGUCAACGAAAGUGAAGCAACUGCCUAUCCUGUAGGAUAGAAGUUCUUGCGUCAACAGUAUCAGUUAC